GAACGAUCAUCUUCCAUCAGGUUUGUGGUUUGCCUAGGGGAGACUAGUUCAUACGCACGAACCAUAAACGCACCGUCAAAUUGGUGCCGCCUCGGCGCUUCCCUGCACCAAUAAUGACCCUUUGUAGCAUUGACCGUGAGUCUAAGCGGAGGAAAGUUGUGUUCCCGCUUAGUGCUCUACCUCCCAUACUGCCCCAAUUCUCUAUUCCCUUGUUGGACGACAGGCCUCAAGACCCCAUUGCUCAGACUUCAAGCUUUCAAUGGACGACCGGUAAUGGUGCUACCGAUCGUGAUCACUACAAUGAAGCCUGUUAUCUUUCCCGAGAUGAAUUUCUAUCGCAUGCUAUUCAGGACGACGGUCAGAUUCCUUUGUGGAACCGAGCUCUGGUGCACCCCCGUUCUGCAUACCAAAUAAUGUCGUGGGAUGGUAUUCUCCCUCCCCAAAUUGCUGGCAUCCUGAAGAUGCCAUUUUUGACUGAGCAACCUCUUCCGCAGUUUGGCUUGGUGCAACAACAUGUCCUAUCAGAUACGACGGUUUGCCAGCCACCAGACGAUCUCGUGAUGUCCCUCAGAUUACUUGUGUUGGGGAGCUCCUCGCGUCUGUACGUGUGGAAUAAUUCUUUGGAAUUAUUCGUGCACCAGAGUCCUUCAAAAGUUGGUUCAAAGGCUAUUUUGGUUGGGCGCGGGAACAGAUUCAUUUCUAAAGAUUAUUUGCAACGAUUUCUUGACUUAGGAAGUCUCAUACGUCGUAUGGAGUUACUCGCUUACGAUCUUCGCGACAGAGGGAGCCACACAGACCCGUCCAUUCAUGCUUUUGCACAUGGGCUUUCGACCCUUCUGAGCUUUUGGAGAGAUCAACUGUCCAGAGGCCCGCUGUUCGGAUCCGACGAUGUUCUCUACCCAGCUGACUUUGCGGCCAUAUGGCUACAUUAUGCGGAGGAGGAACAGACAAUAAGUUCCAUUGCCACCAUGUGUCAUAGGAGCCUCGAAAUUUCCCCGGAAAAUUAUUUCGAUCUCUCUACGAAUCCAGUGGAUCUGUUGAGUCGCAUAUAUCAAGCACUGGAGCAAAAUGUAGAAGUGGUAUCGCCGCGUCAGGUGAUUGCGGCCAUCGCUUACAUGUUGACUGUUUCCUCGACGCCGUAUAUUACCAGUCUUUGCAAAUCGGUUGCUUACCGUGAAGGUGGUCCGAGGUACUCAUGGAUAAGCGAGGAACUUAGUCGGCCAGAUCCCUUUGAACCAUAUGACGGAGGGGAUUCGGCAGGGACUUGGCAACGCAAUUUUUUGGAUGCGGAACAUGUCUUCCCAAAAUUUGUUCCUGCUAGCUUGGCAGACGUCCUUCCAAUCGCAAGGAAGUCACUCAGAUUGCUAGGGGCUGUCCAGCCGGAUCAUUGGAUUCUCUCACAGGGCGGCGCUCUUCAAACCAUUUCGUGGUUGUGGUCGGAAGUGAAGAUCCACCAAGCCUGGGGUGAUUCUCACUACCUUAAAUCAAGCCCUGCUCUCCCAGUGAAAGGUUGUCCGACCGCUAGCGUGACUGACAACCACAAUUCCGUUCUUGACGAAUUCAAGGUUUUUGAUAUGGAACCCAGGGCGCUGAGUGCUGAGGAACUUGGACAUUGCGACUCACAUCCGGCAAUAGCUGAUUUCAUGGCCACUUUCCCCGAAUCACUGCCGCUUAUCAUACCUAAUCUCUCUCUGCUUUGUGAUUUGGUUUUUUCCCCUCUCGAAUCCCAUGCUUCCCUGCUUUCCAGAGCCUUUCUUUCUGUAUUUCUCAACGAAUCCUCCUUCCUUUGCGUCGAUGCACACCUGACAUUGCUUCGUUCACAUCUGCUGUUAACUUCACAUACAUUCAAGUCAAGACUGGCGGAAGCUUUAUUUUCUGACACGUACGGGAGAGAAGACCUUUGUGGCGCGGCGAAAGCAUUCGACUCCUUACGACGACAGCCACAGACUGUUCACACAUCCGCGUUCCCUCCUACCAACAAACUGGCCAUUGGUUUGGCACCCGCCCUCACAGCGAGGGACAGUUGGCCACCUGGUGGUUCCGAUCUCAGCUUUCUCCUUCGCACUGUGAUCGUUGACGCGCAAGAGUACGGUCGUCGACACAAUAGACGGCCGAAAUCAAGUCCGGCGGGCAUACUGCAUGUCUUGGAUGAGGCCGAGUUUCGCUUGGGAUUUGCAGUGCGGGAUCUUCCAGUAGGCACGGGCCGCGAGCGGUGGCUAAACCCUCUAUCGAUUGAGGCUUUGGACUUUCUCUAUCUUGAUUACAAAGUACCGCACCCCAUGGAAGUACUCAUUCCACAGACAGUGUUGUCGAAGUACCAACGAAUUUUCUCGUUUCUAUUGCGCUUGAUGCGAGUCGAGGCUGCCAUCCGUUCCGUUUAUCGUUUGACGUGUCUACUCCCCAGGCCCUCUCUCAGUAAAUUCCCACUUUGCAGCAAACUUGUCUGGCAAUUCCGUUUUGCAGCAGACUAUUUCGUCAGUGCUCUUUUGACAUACGUAUACGACGUUGCUAUUGGCAGCAAUUUCGAUGCUUUCCUUUCUCAAAUCGCAGCGUGUCGCGAACAUAUGGCCUCAAACAAGCCCCAUGAAUUCCCAGAUGUUUUUACCCUUUCAGAGUUCCAUUCUUCUGUGCUCAACGAUAUCCUCAGCGCUUGCCUUCUGCGGUCAUCUCAAAGGACUGCAGGAGAUAUCCUGCGAGGGGCAAUGGAACUCGUGCUGGAGUUCUGUGUUCUCGUGACAGAUUUGGAUACUGCCGAAUCAGAGGUACAUAAGAUAGAUUCCGCGCUCCGUACGCUCUAUGCCGCCUUUCGCGAGAAGGUUGUUACCCUGCUGGAAGAGUUAGACGCGCUCCUAGAGAAGGAUGCUAGGUUCUUGCAAGAAACUAAUCCGCUACCACUUGGCAUGGAAGCCGAGUGCCAUGUUCCCCCUGGGGGGACUGCAUCGCUUCGGUACCUCUUGGCUCGAUUGGAUCUGAGUAAUUGGUGGAGAAGCUUGGACUAGAGAGCCCCAAAUCUAAUGACAAGAGCUACAAUAUUUGGAUGAUAUUGGCAUACUUAUCAAUGAACCAAUCAUUAGUGAGAAUAUCAUUGUGUUUGCCCAGGUGUGGCAAACCAUGCCCUGGAC